AUGGUGCCACGACUGGAAAUGGUGGAGUUCCUGGACCACUUAAAAAAGAUUAGUUUUGAAUAUGCCACUCGUUCGGGAAUUAGUAUUCCACCUUUUGAGUUAGACGGGAUUAUCUCUGACAAAGCAAAAAUUCUGGCUGAAGCGGAACAAAAAGAACAUAAAAUCACUGAUUAUUUUUCUCAAGGUUUUUAUAAUGAAGAAGAAAGAAAACUAAAAAAAAUUGCA